CAACGGCCCAACUACUUCCCAUUAAGAUUCAACCACGCCAUUGAAGCCUCCUCUUUCUCCGCUCUUCUGCACAUACUAAUAACCACUCCUCUUCCUAGCUUCCUCCCUCGGAGGAUCGUGAGCAGAGCACUGAAAUGAAGGUCUUCGUCAACACCCGGAGCGGCAGAGAGCUCAUCAAGGGCGGACUUGAGCUCAGUGAUUCUGCUACAGUUUCUGAUCUGCAGGAGCAAAUUCAUAGACGGACCAAGAAAUACUAUCCAUCCAGACAGAGACUCACUCUCCCUCUCUCUCGCGGCUCUACUCAGAAGCCAACUGUUCUUCACUAUCAAAAGAGUCUAAAAGAGUAUACUGAUGGGAACACAAAUGAGCUUACUGUAGUUUUCAAGGAUCUGGGACCACAAGUCAAAUACAGCACUCUCUUCUUCUGGGAGUACGUGGGUCCCCUGUUUAUCUACCCCCUCUUCUAUUACUUCCCAAUCUACAAACACUUAGGCUAUGAAGGAAAACGUGUUAUUCACCCAGUCCAGACAUAUGCUAUGUAUUACUUCUGUUUCCAUUAUGCUAAACGGAUCCUAGAGACGUUUUUUGUGCACCGGUUCAGCCACGCCACUUCUCCAAUUUCAAAUGUCUUCAGGAACUGCGCAUAUUAUUGGUCAUUUUCCUCUGUCAUUGCUUACUAUGUGAAUCACCCAUUUUACACCCCUGUGGGUGAUGCCCAGAUGAAGAUUGGGUUUGCGUUUGGGCUGAUUUGUCAAGUUUGUAACUUUUAUUGUCAUAUAUUGUUGAGAAAUCUCAGAGGUGCAGGUGGUGGUGGAGGGUACCAAAUCCCUCGUGGAUUUUUGUUUAACAUUGUCACAUGUGCAAAUUACACCACUGAGAUUUAUCAGUGGUUGGGGUUCAAUAUUGCAACACAGACAGUUGCUGGCUAUGUCUUCAUGAUAGUUGCUGCCGGCAUUAUGACUAACUGGGCUCUUGGAAAGCAUCGGCGCCUGAAGAAGCUAUUUGAUGGAAAAGAAGGAAGGCCUAAAUACCCCCGAAGGUGGGUUAUCUUACCCCCAUUCCUUUAAAAAAGAAGAUACAACUACGGCAUCAUGCCCAGGAUCAAAUAGUCAAUUUUUAUUAGAGAUUACAAUUGCAAUCAGUUUAUAUUUGAACAUGUUCUUUCAGCUUUUCAAGUGUAAUACACAGUAUUUGUAAUUUUUUAUGGUUCAUUCCUCUGUUUGCAUUCCCUUUUUUCGUUUAUUUUGCAUAGAAAUUUUAAAGUUCCAAUGUUUAAGGAACUUUGGUCAUGCUAUAAAGUAGAGACAUUACAAAACUACUAGCAAGGGAGGAUGUUUCGUUUUCCAUUUCUCAUCCAAAACCAUGGUUCAAAAUUAUCUUUCGUAUAAAAAUUGGGUAUUUGAGUUUAAUGGAAAUAUU